CCGGGGGGGGCCCCGGUGCUGAGCAUGGUGCUGCCCCCCCCCAACGUCACCGGGACCCUGCACCUGGGCCACGCCCUGAGCGUCACCUUGCAGGACGUGCUGGCCCGAUGGAGGAGGAUGCAGGGCUGGAACGUUCUGUGGGUGCCGGGCACCGACCACGCCGGCAUCGCCACACAGGCCGUGGUGGAGCGCUGGCUGUGGCAGCACCGGGGGCUGCGCCCGCAGCAGUUGGGCCGGGCCGAGUUCCUGCAGGAGGUUUGGCGCUGGAAGGAGCGGCACGGGGACGAGAUCCUGCAGCAGCUGCGGGCGCUCGGGGCCUCGCUGGACUGGAGCCGCUGCACCUUCACCAUGGACCCCGGUUACUCCCGGGCUGUCACCGAGGCCUUCGUGCGCCUGUUCCGGGCGGGGCUGAUCCGGCGUGACCGGCGCGUUGUCACCUGGAGCUGCGCCCUGCGCUCCGCCCUGGCCGACAUCGAGGUGGAGCCCCGUGUCCUCACAGGCCCCACGACGCUGAACGUCCCCAACUGUCCCCACCCUGUCACCUUCGGCCUCCUCGUCACCUUCGCCUACCCCGUGGAGGGGGACGAUGGGCUGGAGCUGCCGGUGGCCACCACUCGCCCCGAGACCAUUUUUGGGGACGUGGCCGUGGCCGUGCACCCGCGGGACCCCCGGUACCUGCACCUGCAGGGCCGGCAGGUGAGGCACCCGUUCAGCGGGGCCCUGCUGCCCGUGGUGAGCGACCCCAGCGUGGAGCCCCAGCGCGGAACCGGUGCGGUGAAGGUGACCCCCGGGCACAGCCCCCAGGACCUGGCUCUGGCCCGGGCCCACGGGCUGCCCCUGCUCUGCGUCAUCGGGGACGAUGGCACCUUGUGUCCCCCGGGGGGGGGCUGGCUGCAGGGUGUCCCCAGGUUCGAGGCCCGUGCCCGCGUGGUGGCAGCGCUGGCCCAGCUGGGGCUGUUCCGGGGGGUCCAGGACCACGCCAUGACCCUCCCCCUCUGUGUCACCUGGCCGCAGGCGGUGACGUCGGGGAGGCUCCGCCUGGUGCCCAAAUUCCACGAGAAGAACUGGAAAACCUGGAUGGAGAACGUGGGGGACUGGUGCCUGUCCCGCCAGCUGUGCUGGGGUCACCAGGUGCCGGCGUUCCAGGUGAGGGGGGGUCCCGCAGCCCCCUGCCCGCCGGGGGGUCCCGGGGGUCCCGAGGGGCCGUGGUUCGUGGGGAGCAGCGAGGCCGAGGUGAGGGGGGCGGCGGCGACGGCGCUGGGCUGCACCCCCGAGGAGCUGCAGCUGCAGCAAGACCCCGAUGUUUUGGACACCUGGUUCUCCUCCGCCCUCUUCCCCUUCGCUGCCCUGGGCUGGCCCGAGCAGAGCCCCGACCUGCGAUGUUUCUACCCCACCUCGGUGCUGGUGACGGGCGGUGACCUCCUGUUCUUCUGGGUGGCCCGAAUGGUCCUGCUGGGCCAGCAGCUGACGGGACAGCUGCCCUUCCCCCAGGUUCUGCUGCACUCUCUGGUCCGGGAUUCCCAGGGGCGCAAAAUGAGCAAAUCCCUCGGGAACGUCAUCGACCCCCGCGACGUCAUCGGGGGGGCCACGCUCCAGGAGCUGCAGGAGAAGCUGCAGAGUCGGACCCUGGACCCCCGGGAGCUGCGGACGGCCCAGGAGGGGCAGAGGCGGCAGUUCCCGCAGGGGAUCCCCGAGUGCGGCGCCGACGCCCUGAGGCUGGCCCUGAGCACCCACAACGCCCACGGCCCCGAAAUCCGUCUGGGCGUGGCCUCGGUGCUGACUCAGCGCCGCUUCUGCAACAAAGUCUGGAACGGGGUGGGCUUCGUGCUGCGGGCCCUGGAGGGGGAGAAGGGCACCCCAAAACCGCCUGAGGAGGUGUUCCCCUCGUCCCCCCUGGAGCGCUGGCUCCUGUCCCGCCUGGCCGGGGCCGUGGCCGAGAGCUGUCGUCGUUUGGAGUCGCUGCAGCUCCAGGGCGCCGCCGCCGCCGUCCAGAGCUUCUGGCUGCGCUGCUUCUGCGACGUUUACCUGGAGGUGGCCAAGGUGUCGCUGCAGUCCCCGGAGCUCCGUCCCGCGGCCGUGGCCACGCUGGUGGCCGCUGCUGACCUGGGGCUGCGGCUCCUGGCCCCCUUCGCCCCCUUCGUGGCCGAGGAGCUGUGGCAGCGCCUGCCCCGCCCCCACCCCGCGCCCCCCAGCAUCUGCCAGGCCCCCUUCCCCGACCCCCAAAAACUGGCCGGCUGGCGCAGCCCCGAGCUGGAGGCGCAGGUGGCCGCCAUGUUGGAGCUGGUCCGGGCCGUGCGGGGCCUGCGCGAGACCUUCCGGCUCGGGGGGGCCGCGAGACCCCCAGUGCUGCUGCAGGUCCCGGAGCCGGCUCGUGAUUGGCUGGAGCCGCUCGGCCCCGCCUUCCAAACGCUCUCGGGGGCGGGGCCCGUGAGGCUCCUCCCCCCGGGGGCGGGGCCCGGGCCGGGCUGGGCGGGGGCUCCGGCGGCUUCCGGAACCUUCGCGUACCUGCGGAUCCAGGGCCUGGUGGAGCCGGGGGCCGCCCGGGCCCAGCUCGGCGCCCGCCGGAUCAGCCUCGAGCGGCGCCUGCGGAGCCUCCCCGGCACCGCCCCGCGCGCCCAGGUUCGUCCCCCCAUGGCCGAGGGUUGCCCCUCCCCCCGUGUCCCCCCCGGGGAGGUGACACCGCCCGACCCCGCCUGGGGACAGCCCGGGGGUGGCACCGUCACCGUCACCCCCUGGGCCAGCGGCAUCACCAUCACUGUCACCGCUGCUGGGGGCAUUGGGGACAGUGGGGAUAUUGGGGACAGUGGGGAUAUUGGGGGGGACACUGGGGAUAUCGGGGACAUCAAGAACGUUGGGGACAUCGGGGACAGUGGGAACAUUGAGGAACUUGGCGACAUCGGGGACAUUGGGGACUUCAGGGAUGUGAAGAGCAUCAGGGACCUUGGGGACAUCAAGAAUGCUGGGGACAUCGGGGACAGCAGGGACAUUGGGGACAUCAAGAAUGUGAAGAACAUUGGGGACCUUGGGGACAUCAGGGACGUGAAGAACAACAUUGGUGACCUUGGGGACAUCGAGGACGUGAAGAACGCUGGGGACAUCGGGGGUCUCGGGGACAUUGGGGACAUCGGGGACAUGAAGAACAUCAGGGGCAUCAGGGAUCUUGGGGACAACAAGAACAUCGGGGACAUCAGGGACAUUGGGGACCUGAAGAACGUUGGGGGCCUGGGGGGCCUCAGGGACCUUGGGGACAUUGGGGACAUCAGGGUUGUGAAGAACGUUGGAGACAUCGGGGAGGAAGAGGAAGUCUCCGAUGAUGACGUCACGGCCUAUGACGUCAUCGCUGCCGAGGUCCCCGUGGGUGGUGAGGGCGAUGACGUCAUUGAGGGGCGGGGCAGCCCCUCCCCUCCACCCGCUAGUGAUGUCACAGCCGAGGGUGACGUCACUUCCGCUGUGCCGGGGGAUGAUGUCACCGCCGGUGUCACCAACGGUGAUGACGUCACUUCCUCUGCCCCGCGGGAAGCUCUCGCUGGUGACGUCAUCGCUGACAGUGACGUCAUCGCCUCCCACGUUGGGAGUGGCGUCACUGAUGACAUCACCGUCCCCGUGAGUGACGUCACCGCUGACAUCAUCGUCCCUGGGCGUGACUUCAUUGAUGACAUCAUCACCCGUGGCGUCACCGAUGAUGUCACCACAGAGAGCGACUUCCCACAAGAUCUAGAUGAUGUCACUGAUGACGUCAUCACAGAUGACAUUAUCACCUUGCACACCCUCACUGAUGACGUCAUUGCCCCGGAGAGCGGCAUCGCCGAUGACGUCAUCGAGCGUGGCUUCCCUGGUGACGUCAUUGCCUGGGGCGAUGCCACGCCCCCGCUCCCCGGGGACGAUGACGUCACGGUGGGAGGUGACGUCACCGAUGACGCAGUCAGCGUGGGCGCCCACGUUGAUGACAUCAUCGCCGUCCGCCGCGUCCCGUCCCUGCCCGGGGAUGACGUCAUCGAUGACGUCAUAGCCUGGGGGCAUCUCAGCGAUGACGUCAUCCUCCGGGAUGACCUCCCCGAUGACGUCACACAUCAAAACGACCUCCCCGAUGACGUCACACAUCAAAACGACCUCCCCGAUGACGUCACAAAUCAAGACGACCUCCUCGAUGACGUCACCGAGGACGACGACGUCACCGUCCCCGGCCCGGGCUCCCUCCCCGCCGAUGACGUCAUCACCGCCGAUGACAUCACCUCCUCCCUGCUGGGUGACAUCACCGGGGACCUCGACGGCGCCUGGGACGACCUCGCCGAUGACGCCGUUCAUUACGUCAAGGUUUUCAUCAUCAGCUCGGCCGCGCUGGCGGUGCCGCCCCCCGAGGCCUUCCCGUGA